UUUGUUCGUGUUGCAGUGGGGUGUGUUAUUGCUGAUGAACCGUGAGGAAGCCUUUUUAUAUCGUAUUUAUUUUUUGUACGGUUGUCCUAAACAGGUUCAAUAUAUUCAUAGCCUAGUCAUUUUACCUGUUAGAUAUUGCUGACGCUGGCAACAUGCUAUCAUAUAUAUCAUUCCGCCGUUCUGUUAAUGCGAGACAAUAAAAGUGACUCAACGAUUGCGCGUCUCUGACUCCCGGUACUCGGAGCUCGUGCACCGCCUGUCCCUCCUCUCGGCUCGCCGGGGGAAGGAGGAGUUUAACCCCACAUUGUCUGGGAGGAGUCCCGCACUCUCCUGGAGAUCCGUCCGAUGAGCAGUCGUCCUGGAAAUCUUGAGGGAGUCAUUUAGUAUCAAACCCCGAUUGUUUUCUCAUGCCGUUUAGAGCCGUGUCGCUGAAUCCCAGAGGAUAGAAACUUCUUACACCGAGCGCGGAGCGAGAAGAACCUUAAACCGAUGAUCCAACCGGCCUAAGGAACCAAUUUUUUGUGCGGAAUGAGGUGGAAAGAACUGUCAGCGUAAGGGCUUGACUUUCGGGCAGCUAUGGGGAAUUCCGAGAGCCAGUAUAGCAUCCAGGGAUCAAAAGGCAAUGGCUUCGUCCUCCCAGGAACGCAGAAAGCAUAUCAACUAAAGCUCCGCUCAUCCAAAAAUGACGUCUUGUCUCCUCAUGCUUGGUGGAAAAAUGCCCCUGUAGGCUCAGGCCACAAGGCCAAGUGUAUUGGCCACGGUUGCCUUUCUCCUCCCCGUAGCCGGCCGCCUUACUCGCCUCGCUACGAUUACGUCUCCAAGGUCAAGGGCAACCAGAGAGAGCCGCGGCGUUUUCGCUCUUCUGGAUGUGUCACACAUCGACGGAACGUACUGGAUGACUACGAUGAUAAUCCGUACGGUGCUGAGCUUAACGGUCAUGGUGAUGAGCAGGUUCUGGAGAAACCCAGCAGCCCCCGUGUUGUGAUUAAAAAAGAUGGCAGCCUCCGCGUGGAGUUCACCAACACAACCGGUAAUCCUCUGCUUGUGGAUGAGCCCUCAGGUCCCGUCCAGCUCCUGAAGUUCUCCCCCAACUUGGAGUCUGCCUCGACAACUAGUCUGCCGGAUUCUAGCGGCAGCAGCAGACCCGAUGCCCUCUGCAGUGGACCCCUUGCCGCCUCUACCUCCUCUACUGCCAGGACCAGUAAAGGUAGCUCACUAAGCUCUGAUGGCUCCUGGUACGACUCCCCCUGGGGAACCGGUGCUGAACUUUCUGAGCAAGACCAGCCCUGCAAUACCACACUUGUGCACUCCCCCGUCCAUCAACGUGACUCUUUCUCAGAGCAGUCGUCGCCUUUGUCCGUCGCUGAUCUUUACAAGAACCCCUCGAUAGCUUCUACCUUCCCCACGACCAAAGCAUUGUCCUCUCAACUACAGGAGGCAGCAUCUGACCAGCAGCAUCUUAGAACCUCUUUAGCAUCAGCACUGGAUGUUCCUAUGGAAGAAGAAUGUCUUGGGCCUCGACAGUACUCAUCAUAUACGUUGCCCUGUCGAAGGCCCAAAGCUAACACUGUAAGCCAUGACCUGGACCAUUAUCCUGACCAGGACCAGCAGUGUGAACAGGCUGGAGCUGUGAAGAAAGACCUUAAAAGUCGCAUUCGCCGCUUGAGUGACUGGACUGGCAGUCUGAGCCGAAAGAAAAGAAGAUCUCAGGAGAUGAAAUACAAGGACAUGUCCGAUGCCUUCGAUAGUGGAGUUGAUGGCCUGACCACAGACAUCAGCUCCUCCUCUCAGGUCUCCAGCCUCGUCUGGCUGCCAGGAGCCCCCCGGACACAGUCCUCGGGCGCUAUUCACCAAAGCGCCAACGACGCCGUCCGGCAAAAUAUAUACGAAAACUUCAUGAGGGAGCUGGAGAUAGGCAACGAGAAACCGGACACAUCGACGGGAACCGAAGAAGGGGAGAGCAGCAGCGAGUCCACUGAGGGUUCCCUUGAGGAGCUGGACCUGCUGUUUGAAAAAGAGCAAGGGGUCGUGAGACGCGCUGGGUGGCUGUCGUUCAAACCUCUCAUCACUUUGCACAAGGACAGAAAGCUGGAGUUGGUCACCCGCCGCAAGUGGAAGCACUUCUGGAUCACUCUGAAAGGGUGCACGUUGCUCUUUUACGAGACUUAUGGUAAAGGCCCUCCAGAGCAGGAGCUAUCGCCCCGCUAUGCUCUCCUGGCUGAGGACAGCAUUGUCCAGUCUGUUCCUGAGCACCCCAAGAAGGAGAACGUCUUCUGCCUUAGCAACUCCUUCGGAGACGUCUACCUCUUUCAGGCCAGCAACCAAACCGACUUGGAGAACUGGGUGACUGCGAUCCACUCGGCCAGCGCCUCCCUGCUGGCCAAGCGACAAGGGAAGGAGGACACGGUGCGACUUCUGCGCAGCCAGGUCCGCGGCCUCCUGCAGAAGAUCGACAUGGACGGGAAGAUGAAGAAGAUGGCCGAGCUUCAGCUAACUAUCGUCAGCGAGCCCAAAAACCGCAAGGCGAUUGAAAACCAGAUCCAACAGUGGGAGCAGAACCUUGAGCGGUUCAACAUGGAUCUCUUCAGGAUGAGAUGCUACCUGGCCAGUCUGCAAGGAGGGGAGCUGCCCAAUCCCAAAAGUCUGCUUGCCAUCGCCAGCCGACCCACCAAGAGCACACUGGGGCGACUUGGGAUCUUCUCCGUCUCGUCCUUUCAUGCCCUGAUCUGCUCCAGAGAUGAGGCCAAUCUUCGGAGGCGUUCGCUGUCUCUCAACGACCGGAAACGCAAGCGAGGCUUGUUUUCUUCACUCAAAGGUCUCGACAAUCUGACCAAGAGGAGCAAGAGGCCUUCUAUUGUGCAGAUCUUUGAGAGCAACGCUGGAGGUCAAACUCAUGCCCUCCCACCAAGGAGCACUGAGAGACUGGAGGUGCUCAGCAGCAUAUACUCCAUGUCGCCCCCUGAAGGCGGAGUGUGGGACAGCUCCAGCAGUGCCAUGGUGUGUGUGGCCAUGCCAGACGGACUCACGGUCCAAGUUCCCAUCAGAGGAGAGCAGACAGGAGCCGACCUUCUCUCUGUGGCCUGCAAGGUGAAGCAGCUGGACCCCGAGCUGCACCGUCUCCGACUGCACUCGCGAGGCGGAACACAGACAGAGAUUCGAUUCGUGGCUUCUGAGGAGCUCAUCUGUGAUGUGGCCGGUGAUCAGUUUGAAGUGGUUGCUUUUCACGUGUUCACGUUGCACAUGUGCAGGCCAAGCUCCAGCCUAGACUUUGGAUUUGCGGUGACAGGACACAUCGACGCCCAAAAAAACAGCCAGAUCUUUGUCAGCGAAGUGCUUCCUGAUGGACUCGCGGUCAAGCAAGGUCUACGUUCUGGGGAUGAAAUCUUGGUUUUAAAUGGCCGCUCCGUGUCCACUCUGGACCUCACCCUGAUCCAGACUCUGUUCUCUGAGCAAACUCUCCACAUGAGUGUGAGGCGCGAGGGUCUCGCACCUCCCAACCUGACCUCCAAACCUCCACCUGCGCCACUCAAGCACAACAAACACAGAGCCAAGUCCUCCUCAGAUGUGUGCAUCACAGCUGAUGGUGGCGCCCUGGAGAAGGCUCACUCCCACUGCGCACACAGACCUGUCCAGCACAGCAAGAGCGUGGACACUGUGUGUACCAUCUACCAGUCCUACCAGGAGGGGUCGCCUCAUUCCUCAGGGGGUCUGAUGGAGGACAAGGAGCCGGGGCUGAGACCGUCGGGGGCCAGAGGGGGCGCCACCCUGCUCCGCCCGUGUCACAAGCACAUGAGCGGGACGGAGAGAUUAUGUAAGGUGAUCCAGGAGCUGGUGGACACGGAGAAGUCCUACGUGAAGGACCUGACGUGUCUGUUCGAGAUCUACCUGAAGCCCCUGCAGACCGAGACCUUCCUCACUCUGGACGAGAUGGAGAGUCUGUUUGGCAGCCUGCCCGAGAUGCUGGACUUCCAGAGGGUCUUCCUGCAGACCCUGGAGGAGAGGAUCGCCUCCUCUCCGGAUCUCAGCACCCUGGAGACGCCGUCUCAGUUCAAGAAGCUGCUGUUUUCCCUCGGAGGUUCCUUCCUGUACUACGCCGACCACUUCAAGCUCUACAGUGGCUUCUGCGCCAACCACAUCAAGGUCCAGAAGGUUCUGGAGAGAGCAAAGACUGACCGGGCCUUCAAGGAAUUCCUGGAUGCCAGGAACCCCACCAAGCAGCACUCAUCUACCCUGGAGUCCUAUCUGAUCAAACCGGUGCAGCGCGUGCUCAAGUACCCCUUACUGCUCAGGGAGCUGGUCUCCUUGACCGACACUGACAGUGAAGAGCACUACCACCUCACUGAGGCCCUGAAGGCCAUGGAGAAGGUGGCCAGUCACAUCAAUGAGAUGCAGAAGAUCUACGAGGACUACGGUGCCGUCUUUGACCAGCUGGUGGCCGAGCAGACUGGUCACAAUAAAGAGGUCACGGAACUCUCCAUGGGGGAGUUCCUGCUGCACUCCUCCGUCAUCUGGCUCAACCCUCAUCCCUCGCUGGGCCGCAUGAGAAAAGACCCCGAAGUCACUGUUUUUGUGUUCAAGCGGGCGGUGAUCCUGCUCUACCGGGACAACAACAAGCUGAAGAAGAAGAUGACCAACCCUCGCGCAGCGCUCUCCCACGGAGACUCGGAGCCCUUCAAGUUCCGCUGGCUCAUCCCGCUCUCUUCUCUGCAGGUCCGACUGGGCAACACAACAGGGACAGAGAGCAGCUGCGUCUGGGAGCUGAUUCACUCACGCUCCGAGGUGGAGGGACGACCAGAGACCAUGUUCCAGCUGUGCAGCAGUGUUCCGGAGAGCAAGGUCACCGUCAUCAAGGUCAUCCGCUCCAUCCUGCGAGAGAACGCCCGGAGGAACACCAGGAGCGAGGGGAUGCUGGAGAGGGGGUGCAAGGAGCGGCUGGCCCCCCUACGCAGUGUUGUGCCGUCCUCAGCCAGACUUGGUUCCUCCAGAGUGUCCUGGUUGUGCAAGCAGCCUCUGGCAGAUCUUCCCGCUCCGAGUUCCAAACUCGCCGUCGACUCCGACGAGAGCAGCCUCAGCAGCGGCACCUACAGUUCGUCUGGGGCUCCCGCGCUGUCGGCCGAUUCUCACGCGUCCCCCGUCUGCGGCGCUCAGCCGCCGUCAGUGAAGGAGUCGGACAUCUUGAGCGACGAAGACGACGACGGCUUCAGUGAGCCGGGUGGCACACGGGCGACCAGCGGGGGCAGCAGCUCCCCCACCAGCAGCAUCGACACGCAGCUGCUGCUGCUGAAGCUCUCGGACGAUCCCGUCGCUCCCUGUGUGGAGCCGGAGGGGGGCGAAGACGACACCCCCAGACUGCAGCGUGGUCAUUUCAGCACCAUCCGGAGGAAAGGCAGCAACUCCAGGAGGAACCAGGGGGCGCUGUCCAACACAAAGGAGCACAGCGCAGCGGAGGUGGCUGCGGUGGACUUGAACGACCUGCUGGAGCGCGAGUUCAGCGUCCAGAGUUUGACUUCGGUGGUCAAUGAAGACUGUUUUUACGAGCAGGCGGGCUCAGCUAGUGGUCCGGCGUCAUAGCACGUCACUGUUCACAUCGGGAUCAACGCUGUUUCAGCAGAAUUUCAAGUUGAAAUAGCGCAAGCGUGUGAGCGGACAGUGAUCUUUCCACCCCGCUGAUGAAGUGACUCUGUGCCUUUCUGAAUCUUUCAAUCCUUAAAAGGGUGGAGAUGACAUCCAAAGCGGUUAUUUUGGGAGCAGCAGUCUGGGAAGUUGUGGCCCUCAGAGCCGCGGAACGUUCCACCCGCCGACACUGGCUACAGUCCACCACCUCGCUGCACCUUCUGCACUAACGUUACACUGUCUGCCUGAACGUUUUGUACAGUUUUUAAUGUUAUUGACACACUAAUUUAUUUCUAGGUUGUGUAUAUUCUUGGGUAAAUGCUUGAACAUUAAAGGUUCAGAUACAAAAGAUGCAGAUCACAUUGUUAUCAAUUUAGUCGGUUGCUUUUGUCGGCAACUGCUUCUUCAGGUCUGAGUGCUGAGAUGUGUCGACGCUGCUGAGGAUCUUUACUCAUUUCAAGUUCUUUGUUGCAUAUUUACAUUUAAAAAUACACCUGUAACUGAGUGACAAAAAUCAAAGUAUAAGUUUUACACCACAUGAAUGCAGUAGUACCCUUUAAACCUUUCUUUCGAAAGUCUAGAGUGGUCUUCACACCAGUCUCAGCCGCAUUCACUUUGCAAAAAUCUCUGAUCUCUUCUGCUAGUACAUUUCUACCGACUUUAUACUUGAUGAUAGAAGAAGAUAUUUUUGUAAAUGUUGGUUCUCAAAGCUUUUUUUUUUUUUUUUUUUUUUUUUUAAGAAUUUUCUGCU